AGAGCGCUGGAUGCUCGUGCGGCUCGCUUGGACUGUCGGACCUCGGCUGACCUGCUGCAGGUCUGAUCAUGACCCUGGCGGACAGCGGCUGUCGCACUCUCACGGUGCAUGGCCCGCACCAGCUGGCUCAGCAUCUCUGCUCGCUGCGAAGCUACACACAACGAGACCAGCUGCUGCUCAACUGCAACGAGGCAGAGGUCGCCGGCUCAGCUGGGGGCUCGCAGGGGGGAGCGCGUCGCAAAGAGGGCGCAAGCGCUUUCUACAAGGACGAGCACCUCACAGUGCACGCUGUGCCUCUCGUCCACGCGGGCUUUGAGGACUUCCAGGCGCAGAAACAGGAGCACAAGAGACGCAAGGUGUCGGAGCGCUCCGGCAGCUUUCCCCGCGCCGAGUCGCGCUCACCACUGCCGAGCGACGCAGACGGCGAACCCGACUGGCUGCAGCUCUUCCGCCCAGUGUAUCCCGAGCCACGCACCGACGGCGCACGCGUGUGGCGCCAGCUGUUUGUGCCAAAGGACCAGCGGCCCAUCUUUGCGGAGGGUCCCGCACAUGCGCUGAGCUACAUCGUCGAGCAUCCGCCGCAGCGCGGCAAGUUCGACGUGCAGCUGGCAAGCGCACUGGGCGUCCCGCUGGGCCCGGGCCGCGCGACGCUGAUCAAGCAGGGCUCGAUCCGCUUCCAGCGCCCGGUCGCGUGGGCGCAGAUGUCGGAGCAGGAGCGUCAGGACUGGCUGCAGAAGACACAAGAAGGCAAGAGUAAGAAGCAAUUGAAGAUCAGGGACGAGAUCUUGCAAGCGAUUGAGAACGAAGAGGUCGAGGUGCAGGCGUCGCAGGUCCUUGGCGAGACCAAGGAAGGCACGGUCAGUUCUGCGCUUGUGUCGGUUUCGAGCGACCCGCUCACGCCUCUGCUGCAGGCCUUCAUGCAGCUCUACGUGCCGUCGGUCGACUUCCUGCCCUCGCUGCUGUCGGAAGACAACCAGCGGCGCUUCGAGCGAUACGUCGCUGGAGCCAAGGACGGCGUGAAGAUCGCCGCCAUCAUCCACGCGGCGCCGCCAGACGUCCUGACCGACCCGCACUACCGCUCCUUCGUCGAGCGCUUCGGCGGAGAGGUGCAGCAUCUGAUCUCAAGCCCGGCCUUCACCAGGGACACAAAUGCCUUCUCCUCGGCAGCGCUCAGCCACCUGCGGCUCUCGCACCUGGACCCGAAGAUCUGGACGCCGAUCCGAUACUCCGUCUCGCCCUUGCGUGACACCGCCGAGCUUGGACUGCCAGACGCGCAAGCAGUGCAGCCGGACCUCGUCGUGCCGUUGGUCCCUCCGGGCCGUGCGCAUGCGCCGCCCAGCUCUGCGCCUGAUCUGCUCGCUCCGCUCGACGAUGCGCUCACGCAGGCUGCCGUGGCCUUCCGCGCGCGUCCGCCGGCCGCGAAGAAGGUCGGCCGCGCCAGUCAAGCCGCUCGCGAAAGCGCUUGGGCAGAAUUUGUGCGCAUGUGCCAGUCAUUGCGCGUGCAGGUCGAAGAGGAGGCGCGGGAGCGUGCGAAGGCCGAUGACGCGGAUCACGGCCUCGUUCUGACGCCGCUGGGCACGGGCAGCGCCUCGCCCAGCAAGUAUCGCAACGUCAGCGGCACGCUCGUGCACGCACCUGGCUUCAACGGCUACAUGCUGCUUGACGCCGGCGAAGGCACGUACGGACAGCUCUGCCGCCGCUUCGGCCACGGCCACAAGGCGCGCUACGAGGGCGGCCCGCGCGACGCAGCAGCCGAUGCUCUGGAGCCGGGCCGCGGCGUCGACGAGGUGCUGCGCGAGCUCCGCAUCAUGUUCCUCAGCCACAUCCACGGCGACCACCACAUCGGCGCCGCACGAAUCCUGGCGGCGCGCCACAAGCUGCGGCCCUCGCGGCCGCUGUACCUCAUCGCCAACCGCGCAACCUUGGACUACCUGCGCGAGUAUUCGCACUGCGAGCCCCUCGGCAUCACCGAGACGGUCCUUACUAUCGACAGUGCCUAUCUCGAGUUCGAGACUGGCAGCAUCUUCCAGGACCCGGCUGCUGAGGCGCAGACGGCCAACGCCGGAGAAGAAGGCUCGUCGCGCGCUGCUUCGCCCCCGUUGACUGGAACGUCCCUAGGCUUCUUCCGACAACGGCACCGCGACGCCAUGGCCAGCAUGGGCCUGCGCGAGCUGACGACGUGCAAGGUCAUCCACCGCGUGCCCAGGUGCUUCGGUCUCGUGGCACGCUCCGCGCGCGGCUGGUCGGUGGCGUACUCCGGCGACACGCAGCCGUGCGCUGCUCUGGUGCGCGCAGGCAAGGACGUCGACGUGCUCGUGCACGAGGCGACUCUCGAGGACUCGCAGCACGAGAUGGCGAAGUUCAAGGGACACUCGACGUUCGGCCAGGCGAUCGACAUUGCCCGGCAGAUGAACGCCAAGCACUGCCUCCUCACGCACUUCUCGCAGCGCUACCCCAAGCUGCCGCGCCUCUCUGCCCCGGGCGCCGCGAGCGAAAGCGGCAAGCGCGAGCCCAUCGUCGCGCUCGCCUUCGACCUGGCCUCGAUUGCCGUGCGCGACAUGUGGAAGAUGGAGCGCUACCGCCCCGCGCUCGAGCUGCUCUUCGACGCCGACGAGGAGGAGGGCGCAGAAGGCGAUGCGCCAAGCGCCGCCGAUGUCCCUGGCGCGGCCGCAGACGUGCAGAUGGCCGAUGCUCCUGCUGCUGCUGCACCCAUCAGCGCGGAAGAUGCGGCUGAGAAGGCUUCUGCGUGGCAGCCGUUGGGCCCCGCUGUCGAUGCUCUGCGUGAGUAGGGCUUAGCCAGCCGGCAAUAGAAUGUGCAUCGCCUCGGUCUGACGAGUGACUCCUGUGUCAGAGAACGCAGCGGCUGCGAAGACGAAGGCGGCUGCACCGCCUGCGUAUGAUCGCUUCA